AUGGAAAACCAGCAAUCGUCCCAGCAAAAUCGGUUCUCCGGCUACACCAAUCCAGAUUGGACACAGAUGCAGAGCUUUGAUACAUCGCAUGGACUGGAUGCAUCUCUUGCAAAGCUAAGCUUCAACCAAUCCAGCUAUUUUGGAAACUCUGAGAAUGAACAACAGGUUAUAGGUGGGAACAACGCCAAUGGGUACAAUAACGGGACCAAUCCUCAGACCAGCAACCUCAUAAACUCCAGGAUGAUGAAUCCUUUGACUCAGGGAUCGGCUGGUAGCAGAGGAAACUCGUAUUGGAAUAUGGACCAACGCGACACGAAAUUGGGUCGCGAUAACACUUCUGGUACCCUCACUACCAAUAGCAUCAUGGAUACUUCUCUCAGCGUUAAGAACUCCGAUUACAACACAACAUAUGGGUCUGCCGAAAAUCAAGAAAGCUACGAGUCAUUGCAAUUGGAAUUACAGGUCAAAGAAACUCAAAUCGAGUCUCUAGAAUCUGAGAUCCAAAGCUUGAAACAGGUAUUCAACCAGGGUCUUUCAUUGAAAAGGAAGAAUCAUGAGCGUUCAUCAUCUGCUCGCCAAGUUGAUGGCGUCAUCCAGAUGCCAACCACUCUCGAAGCAAUUUUUCACAAGUUAUCACAGACUUUGGCAGCUAAAGAUAAAGAAUUGAAGGAUACGAAAUUAAGGCUAGAAAGCCUUGUGACAGCCGUUUCUCUUAACACCACAAACUCUGUCACGAAAUUAGGCCGCUAUGAUGAGGAGGCCCUUGCUCAUAAAAUGGUGGUGAGAUUGGAAAAUUUGACCAAAGAGAAUCAGGACAUGGCUAAGAUGCUAGGAUAUGGGAGGUCCAAAGAGAUUUACAUUGAAAUGGAACUCUUGAAGAAGGAGAACCAGGAAUUGAAACGUAAAUUGCAGCAGCUGGAACGCUCAGCUCUCAAGGGCUAG